AGCGGCCACAGAAACGAAAACGGCGACUCGGAAAUCCGCCGGAGCUGACUGACAAAAGAAAUUGGAAUCAAGGGACACGGUCGAUCACCAAAAACCCCGACAUCCCGGGGAAUGCUACUGCUGGACCAUCAGGAAACUUUACACGAUAAAGACGCUAUGGAUUCCUUUAGGGAAGAGCUUAUCAGGCGGAUGAAGAAUACAAGGUUGUUUCCUUUCUAUGGAUUUGUAACGGUUUACUAUCUGGCUUAUCUUCCGUUCUGGGACUACCCUCCCGUUACCUUCUCAGCCGCAUUCUUCAAAGCACUUCCUAUCUGGAGCCUGGCCUUUUUCGUUAGACAGACCGCAGGAGUCCAACAGCCGGACAUUUUCCCUAAAGAAUAUUAUUCAAAGUUUGUCAUGCUUGGCUUACUGAUAUCCAGCAUUGGUGACGCCUUCUUGGUAUCGAGACCUACUCUCUUCAUACCUGGUAUGCUCGCCUUUAUGGUGGCACAUGUCUGUUACCUGCUUGCCUUUGGACCGAGCGAGGUUCCAGACAGUAGGAUCAAGUCCAUAUUCGCUCUUGCUGGCGUGGCGUCCUUCCUCUACAUUGCUGAUGCCAUCGACAGCUGUGUGAUGCAGUUGAUUCUACUUUGUUACUUUGCUGUGAUAUUUACUGUGGGGUGGAGGGCGGAGGCGCGGUACGAACGGAACCAAACGUACUCGGCAUUAUUCGGCAGCAUUGGGAUGUUUUUUUUCAUGUUUUCUGACUUCAUCAUAGCAAUUGCCAAAUGGAAAUUCUACGUGCCUUUUGCCGAAUUCAUUGUGCUGAGUUGCUACUACGUGGCUCAGUUUUGUAUUGCCAUAAGCACUGAAGUGAAUAAACCAGCGCUUUAAAGAAUUAUAAGAGUGGGAAUUGCUUGCCAUAUGUUAAAUUAAAUUGCAGUUGGGAAUGUGUUUACGUGUCUUAGCUCGAGGAAGGGUAUGGCUGUGUGUUUAAGUGUAAGUGUUCGUAAUCGACACGUCUCCGCCAGGUGUAGAUGUUGUUAAGCAUAACGUUGUGCGAGAACAGGUCACAAUUUAAUUUUUGAUUUUUUUUUGUUUCGCUUUGUCGAUCAGCAACGGAAAACACAGUGAAUUUUAUUUUACCGAAAUACUUAUUAUUUUUCACCAAGAGCUUGGGAUUCCGAGAUGGAAUAAGGAUAUAAUCACGUAGGACAAUCAUUAAUGUUUAAAUAUUGUGUUUCUUUGUGUUUCUUUGUGUAUGAUAUAAAGGGAGGUAAUCUUUCUUUAUGACUCUACAUCUUUCGCAAUCAAUAGUCUUAAGAAAUUAUUUUACAGAACAUAGUGCAUAAAAAACGCAUUGCUUUAUAUGUUUAUAACAUUCCGUUGUAGUACAUCUUCAAUAGUGUCCCGUAUGUCAUAUACAAUUAUUAACCUCGUCUGAAGUCUAUACAAUACUUUAUCAACCCGAGAAAGAUUAACCUGAUGUCGGAGCUGAAGGAAAGAUUAUCUUUCAACGGUUGAUAAAUCAUUCGAUGGAUCACAACAAAGAUUAAUAACUACUUAAUUAUAUGAUACUUUAAUUUCAUAUAUUAUCAAACAGGAAAUACUGUCUGAGCCCAAUGGGCCAUACGGACGUUUGUUUGGGAUAAAGAAAUUGAGAGCAUACCACCUGCAGAUGAUGACAAGAGGUCAUAGUUAUACUACGUAUAAAAAAUAUUUAAAUCACAAAAGAUCAUUUUCCAUGGAAUGCCAAAAGAAAAUCACAGUUUCUGUUUUUUUGUUUGUUUGUACGUACAUAUGCCGAUAUGACCUCGGCCAAUCAGAUUACAGGGAAUUUGCUAAUCGUGUAUUAAACCAAUGUUGUUCAUCUACUGAAGAUAUGAGUUUACUGUGUUUUAAUACAAUUGAGAAUUAUAGGUAUUGUACACUGCUGUGUGCCAUUUUACUUCUGCAAUAAACAUCCCAUUGUAACAAUU